AUGGUGCGCGAGCUACGCGUCGACACCUUCUACGUGCGCCUCCGCGCGGCCGCGGCGGCGGCGGGCUCCUCCUCGUCGCCGCUCCUGAUCCUCCCGUCGGCCGCCGACGCCGACUCGCUCUGCGCGGUGCGGGCGCUCGCGCACGUCCUCGCCGCGGACUCCGUCCGUUUCUCCGUCUACCCCGUCGCCUCCGCCGCCGCCGCCAGGGCCCUCCUCGCCUCCUUCUCCGCCUCGGCCUCCGCGCCGCUCUGCCUCGUCCUCGUCAACUGGGGCGCGCACCGGGACCUGGUGAGCGCCGUCCUGCCAGACACCGCCACCGCCUUCGUCGUCGACUCCCACCGCCCCGUCCACCUCGACAACCUCUGCGCGCGGAAUGGUCGCGUCGUCGUCCUCUUCACCGCUGACGACGACCGCGCCGCGGACCUCUCCUACGACUUCGACCUCGCCGCGCUCGCCGACGCCUCCGACCUCACCGCCCAGGGCGACGCCGACACCGACCCCCUCCGCGCGGCUUCUGGCUCCGACGCCUCCGAAUCCGACUCGGAGGACUCCGACGCCGACGAGGAUGUCCGCGGCGGCGGCGGCAGGAGGAAGAGGCCUCGGCUCUCCGACGACGCCGGCGCCGACCCGUGA